AAUCCUUCUUGAGAGGAUAGGCUUAGUAAAACUACAGGUUGGAGACGCUGCUGCAGCCAUAUUGAACAGACAUUUUGUAAAAAAAAGAUUGUUCUUUUUUUAUUUGAUGACCAUAUUCUAAUGACCAUUUAGCCUACUAAAUAUUUUUACAACUAACUUUGAAACGUAUUUUCGUCGAAGUCACUGGAUUAAUCAGUAGGCUAAUAAAUUGUAAUGGUCUAAUUUGGUAACCGUUUUCUUAGUAGUUGUAAAUGAGAAUAUAUCGCUUUUUGAUAGUUCAGAUAUUGUGACAGUGACAACACAGUUUUGAAGAUGAAGGACCGAUUGGAACAGUUGAAGGCGAAAAGUGAUGUGCCUGGGGACGAUGUGGAGAUUCCAGUGGAGAACCAAGCCUUUAUGGAUGACUUCUUCGCCCAGAUUGAGGAGAUUCGCAGCAGCAUUGAUAAGAUAGAUGAGAGUGUGGCGCAAGCAAAGAAGCUGUACUCUACCAUCCUCUCCGCCCCUACAUCAGAUCAGAAGAUUCAAGAUGAUUUGGAGGCAGUCACCAACGACAUCAAGAAAGCAGCCGGCACCGCUCGCAACAAACUCAAGAGUAUCGAGAAGCAACUUGAGACAAACACAGAGGAACGGUCGUCAGCAGACAUGAGGAUACGGAAGUCCCAGCAUGCCAUCCUGGCCAAGAAGUUUGUGGAGGUGAUGACCAAGUACAACGAGGCUCAGACGGACUUCAGAGACAAGAGCAAAGGCCGCAUCGCCCGGCAGCUGGAGAUCACGGGAAAAGUAACGACCGACGAGGAGCUGGAGGAGAUGUUGGAAGGAGGAAACGCAGCCGUCUUCUCCGCAGGGAUCAUGGAGUCGGGCAUAUCGAAGCAGGCAUUGAAUGAGAUCGAGGCACGGCACAAAGACAUUGUGAGGCUGGAGAGCAGCAUCAAAGAGCUUCAUGACAUGUUUGUGGACAUUGCUAUGCUGGUGGAGAACCAGGGCAGUAUGAUUGACAAGAUUGAGAACAACAUGGACCAAUCGGUGGGCUUCGUAGAGCGGGCGGUUGCCGACACCAAGAAAGCAGCCAAAUUUCAGCAGGAGGCCCGUAGGGUGAAGUUGAAGAGGAGUGUCCCAGAUUACCCCCAGUCUAACCUGGGUGGGUGGAUCCACAGUGAUCACUCUGUCUGUCAAGAGAUACAUAAGGCGCUACUCAGAGGAGAUACACUUCAGUCCGGCUAAAGGCCUUCCACCCUACAUUGUCUUUCGUCUUUCUCUCUCUCUUUUUCUCUCACGCACACACACUCUCUCUCUCCCUCUUUUCCCUCUCUCUCUCAUUCCUCUUUUCAGGCAUGCUGACCCCCACAGCUCCUUUUCCCACUUCAAGGAUAUGUGUCAAUUAGCUUUGGUAGUGUGGUUCCUUAAUAAUCUAAGCCAAGACAGGUCAACGAUAACACUGUGUAAUCAAGUCAAGUAACCUAAAGAUAUUGGUAAACAAAAUAAUACGAUGAUAAAACGAAGAUUGUUUGAAAAAAAUACAAUUUCUCACUGCCCUAUUAACAGCUAGUAAUCGAAAUGACCCCAAAAUGGCACGUUUUUAUGUAUUAUUGUAUUAUUGUGUGUUGAAGUUAUUGCGUAAUAUUGUACUCAUUUCAUUUUUAUCAUACAUGUGUGUCGACGCAUGUACCACCAGGGGGCAUGCCUGUGUCAUAAAACUGUCACAGGCGCUCUCUACAUAUGAUGUGUGUAAACCCUGGAUGACUGUCAGGGGGCGCUGUAUUGAAGCCACCGUGCAGCCAUCUUGGUAAUCCUCCUCAAUCGUGAAAAAGAUUUUGGAAGCUAUAGAAAUACAUUUAUUAACGUCUACAUUUGUUUUUGACAAGUUUAUUCUAUUACAGACACU